AUGUCUACUAUACCCGAUGAUUCCGACGCUCCCCAAACGGUCCUUCGACCCGAGGACUAUGUGAAAAAAUUCGAUCCGGAGGCGUAUUUGCAAUUUUAUUUCAGCAAGUCAGUUCAUUUUUCAUAAUAAUCUUUAUCUCGACACGGUCUCCAGAGCUGACAAUGGGCGCAAGUGCGCCCCGCCCAAGAGAGCGAUGCAUUGGCGCGAAAUUUAAAUUUUAACAGAAAAAUUUGUGUUUUUUGCCAGAUUAGCCACGAAAAGCCGAUAAUUUCUCAUUUGUCUUUUGAUAGACCGAUUGUAUAGGCUAUUACGAAUUUUUUAAGCGCAAGUCGCAAAUCACAUUUAUCCGUUUGAAGGUUUUUCGCUAAAACUGCGUGAAUUUCAGUUGCUUUUCGGUAGUUUUCGCGGUUCGAGCGCUCAAAAUGCUUGUAUUUACGCGAUUUAUCAUUCUCAAAACCAAUUCUGUCUGAAAACGGUCAAGAAAGCGCAAAAUGAGAAGUGCGGUUUUAGGCGGCGAGUCGUAAUGAUUAUUUCAAAAAACGUGUGCUCUCAAACGUUGUAAUUGAUCAUUUCUGCCUAAAAUAACCCGAUUGCAAAGUAACAAAGUACUUUGUGUCCGCAUGUAGCUAUCCAAAAUGCGCUUUGCACUUUUCGACACAAAAGUUCACAAACAAAACCGAUCGGUUACAAUUUUCGAGAGGCCCAACCGCGAAACGCCCCUUUUUGUGUUUUUCAACUUUCCAACUCAAGAGGACGCUGUCUCAAGUGGAUGGGAUUCAUUAAAAUUGGACCGUACUGUAGACCAUCCAUAGAAAAGUCGGUAUUUUUUUGCAGAGAUGCGAUCGAGGACGGCACGCGCGUCUCGCUGUUCGCACUGCCCGUCUUCGCGCACAUUAUGCUGCAAACGAUGCGUCCGUCGGAGCGCGAGACCCUGCUCGAUAUUGGCGCCGGUCCGACCGUCUACUCGGCGCUCUGCUUCCGCGACGUCGCCAAAACGGUGCAUCUGUCGGACUACGUCGAGCGCAAUCUCGACGUUCUUCGCAAGUGGAUCCGUCACGAGGAGACGAUCGACUGGGUGCCGACGAUAAAAGUGAUCAAGCGGACCGAGGGAGGUCCGGUGCCCACGCAGGACGUGUGUCGGGACGUUGAGGAGAAGGCGCGGGGGCUUGUGAAAUGCGGCGGCGUCCAUUUCGCCGACAUUCAUCAGACCGACGUCGUUCCCGAGAUGUCCGGCAAACACGUCGACAUUCUCGUCUCGAUUUUCACGCUCGAAAGUGCGUGCCACACUUAUGAGGAGUACUGCAAGUGUGUUGCUAAUAUGGUCAGUUCGCACGCGUAAAACGUUUCGUUUCGCGUUUUCCCCGAUUUUUGUGUAAAAUCAGUUCGAAAUGUUCGUUUUUUUCGCCCGGAAAUUCUUUCGUUUCGUUCGUUCGUUCCUCUUUACACAUGUCCACGUCACGCCAAACCGAAACAGAUGUCUCACUUUUCACCCAUUUGCCAGUGUAAUAGAGUGUCAAUGAGCUUCUUCACACGCGCAAAAAAGUCAAUAGAACAAAACGAAAUCCCCGCGUUUCAGAUGCGACUUUUGCGUCCGGGCGGUCGAUUCGUGAUUGGUUCGGUGCUCGAGGACGACGCGUACAACUCGGGAACGCAGGUGAGAAACUUGAUCUGUGUGCGCGCACUCUGACACAGAUAUACCUCCGUUGAGGUCAAAGAUUUUCGGCGCACAGGCGCAAGAUUAUGACGUCAAGCGAGAUUCUUUGCAAAGCAAGCAAACUCUGAUGAUCGCGAACAUUAUUUGUUGCGUUUUUGAGGCAGCGCGCUAAAUUCUACGAAAUUUUGCGGACUUUUGCGGAAAAAACCAAAAAAACGCACAAUUUUCAGACCAUCUUCCAUCUGCUGAAUCUGCGCGAGAAAAUGGUGCUCGACGCGCUCGCCGCCGUCGGUUUGGACGUCGAAAACGCGAAAAAGUACGUUUUGGACGGCGAAGGCGUCAUGUUCAUGAUGGCCACCAAACUCUGA